UUAUAUCAAUAAAAUUUGUAGGCAAUAUGAGAUUCUUACCAUGGAAAGGCUCCGCUUUAGAUUUUGUGGUUGGAGUUUGCUUAACUCAGAGUGUGAGAGACUCUUCGUCAAGCAAAGCAUUUAUGUCACUUGCUGCGAAUUUCCCUAUUAAACCAGCUCGCAGGGAACAAAGCAACAACAUGGAUUUUUCAAACUCAAAAGUUGAUACAAAGAUGAACGAUAUAAAUGUUGAAGAAUUCGAAGCCGAGAAAUACAUUGAAACUUCCAAAGUUGAUAACAGUGGAACUGAAAAUAAUUCAUGUUUCGUUGAGAGAAACUUGGACUCUUCAAAAGUUAUCAAGGAAGAGAUCAACAAUAUGGAUUUUUUAGAUCCUCAAUCUGAUAAAAAAUUUGAAGGAUAGAAAACUUGAAGAAAUAGAAGCUCAAAUUGGUUUUGUACAUUUGAGUUGGAUUCAGCCAUCAUUCUAAGAGUUAGUGUGUGAGGUUAUAAAGACUUUCCUGCUUUCACUUAAACUAUUUUAAUAGUGUUUUUUUAAUUUCUAAAUAUUUAGAGUUGAAUCACUAUGCAUUAUCAUUCUUUUGUAAAAUAUUCCCUGUUCAUUGUACUUUGAAUAAUAAUGACAUCAAAACUAUUAGUUACUUCAAAAGCUUUAAGCUUUGAAAAUGGAGUUUCAUGCAACUCGGAUGUUUAUGUCAAAUGUUAUAACAUCAAUUAGUCAUUA